UCGCAGCUACAAGGUCAGCAGCAGAAGACCAGCAAGACCGCGGCACCUACAUGGCGCUAGGUUAUGCUAGAAGACGAGCCUCUCCGCCGAACCGCGGGGAGUGAGAGAGGAACCGUCCACUCUCAAACUGCCAACAGCCUCACGUUACAACACCCCACCGCAUCAGCCAUCCUCAUACCCGCAGAAGGAACCUACGGAUCGCCCGGCUUGCAGCUUCAUAGGCAGCUUCCGCCCCAGUUCCGGUGGCACGUCAGCUAAAAGUCUCCUACGAUCAACUUCCGCUCUUCUGCCUAGGAACGGAGCCACAACACGGAACUGCUGUGCGGCGCGUGCGCUCCACUCGGCCGACUUAAAGGACUACCCUUUCCCGUUCCGGCUUGAGCGAACCAGGCUCGUGGGCCAGUGACACCCAGAAGUUAAGAGGUUUUUGGAACACGGGAGGUCGCGGACGGCUGCUCCGCGGCUGUCAUCAUGCCACAAAAUGAAUAUAUUGAAUUGCACCGCAAACGAUAUGGAUAUCGUUUGGACUACCAUGAGAAAAAGAGAAAGAAAGAAGGUCGGGAGGCCCAUGAACGCUCAAAGAAGGCAAAAAAAAUGAUUGGCCUGAAGGCUAAGCUCUAUCAUAAACAGCGCCAUGCGGAGAAAAUACAAAUGAAAAAGACUAUUAAGAUGCAUGAAAAGAGAAACACCAAGCAGAAGGAUGACGAGAAGACUCCACAGGGAGCAGUGCCUGCCUAUCUGCUGGACAGAGAGGGGCAGUCGAGAGCAAAAGUACUUUCCAACAUGAUUAAGCAGAAAAGAAAAGAAAAGGCGGGAAAAUGGGAGGUCCCUCUACCCAAAGUUCGUGCCCAAGGAGAAACAGAAGUAUUGAAAGUUAUUCGAACAGGAAAAAGAAAAAAGAAGGCAUGGAAGAGAAUGGUUACUAAAGUCUGCUUUGUUGGUGAUGGUUUUACAAGAAAACCACCUAAAUAUGAAAGGUUCAUUAGGCCAAUGGGUCUACGUUUCAAAAAAGCCCAUGUCACACACCCUGAGCUGAAAGCGACUUUUUGCCUGCCUAUACUCGGUGUGAAAAAGAAUCCAUCAUCCCCACUAUAUACAACCCUGGGUGUGAUCACCAAAGGUACAGUUAUUGAAGUGAAUGUGAGCGAGUUGGGCCUUGUGACACAAGGAGGCAAGGUUAUUUGGGGAAAGUAUGCCCAAGUUACCAACAAUCCUGAAAACGAUGGGUGCAUAAAUGCAGUCUUGCUGGUUUGACAGUGACAUCAUACAAGUCAUUCCACGCACUAUGGAAGACUACAUACUGUCAGGAAAACACCAUCACUGUGACCUUUCUGAACUACCAUGCAGCCUUACCCCAUGUGCAGUCAUCAAGAAGUAUUUAUUAAGGUGUAAAGGAAAAUAAAACACUGCCCUAUUUUACAGUUGGUCUUCAGUCUGGGGGCCUAAUGACUUACAUGUUAAUAAAAUUUAGUGACUGAGUAGCAAGUAUACAAAAGCAUACUAGUAUAUGCAGCAAUAGAGGUUCAUUACUUGAAAAGCUAUCAGUGUAGCUGAAAGUUCCUGUAAAGGUCAAGUAUUUCCUAUCUUGAUGCCAUUAAUCCUGAAACGUGGAACAUUUUAAACACAUGGUAGUGUUUAAAUUCAUAAAAUAUUACAUUAGAAGUCUGAGAGAAGGUAAAUUGGAUGAAAAAAUUUCAGGUCGUCACUUGUAAUUAAUGCUUCAUGUGGCACUUUCAGUGAACUCAAGUGUCCUUCCACCGUUUGCUAUAAUUUGCUAUAUUCUAAAACUAGGGAGUGCACUUAUUGAGAUUGGCUUAGAUAAUUCUUGACCAUGUACCAGUGACUUGAGAUGUGGCAGCUAAUUUAAAUUGAAGGUCGUGAUUUGGGGUUGUAACUUAAUCCACGUUCUUAAGAGUGUAUAUGAUAUUAAUCUGUAAUCACCAUAUUGCUUUAAAUUGUUUAUUUUUUUUAUAAAUCUACUUUCAUAACACAGGCAA